AUGACGGCGAAGGAGGAGGUGCCCCUCGACGCAAUUCGGGGGCCUCCCUGGCGCUGGGAGAAUGUGGGGGAGUCCCACAUAGGAGGUUUGGGGGUGGCAGAGCAUAUCUGUAGCUGGGAGGCAAGGGUGUCCAGCCCCUCUCACCCCCUUGUCACCGCUUGCCCACAGUCUCCGAAGGAGCCUGAGCAGCUCCGCAAGCUCUUCAUUGGCGGCCUCAGCUUUGAAACCACAGACGAGAGCCUCCGCAGCCACUUCGAGCAAUGGGGCACCCUGACCGACUGCGUGGUGAUGAGGGACCCAAACACCAAACGCUCACGAGGCUUUGGCUUUGUCACGUACUCCUCAGUGGAAGAGGUCGACGCCGCCAUGAACGCCCGGCCGCACAAAGUGGACGGCAGAGUCGUUGAACCAAAGAGGGCCGUAUCCAGAGAGGACUCCCAGCGGCCCGGAGCCCACCUCACAGUCAAGAAGAUCUUUGUGGGCGGCAUCAAGGAGGACACGGAGGAGCAUCAUUUGAGAGACUAUUUUGGCCAAUAUGGCAAAAUCGAAGUCAUCGAGAUCAUGACAGACCGCGGGAGCGGCAAGAAGAGGGGCUUUGCCUUCGUCACCUUCGACGACCACGACUCUGUCGACAAGAUAGUCAUUCAGAAAUACCACACUGUGAACGGGCACAACUGCGAGGUGAGGAAAGCCCUCUCGAAGCAGGAGAUGGCCAGCGCCUCAGCCAGCCAGAGAGGUGAGCACACGGCUCGGCCCCCACCUCGCAGCAACUUUGGCGGCGGGGGGAACUACAACGAUUUUGGCAGUUACAACAACCAGUCCUCCAAUUUCGGCCCCAUGAAGGGGGGCAACUUCGGGGGCAGGAGCUCGGGGCCGUACGGCGGCGGCGGCUAAGGGCGGGCGGGGGGGG